UCCAAAUUCCGGUACCACUUUUAGCCUGCAAUCCUUAUCCCAGAAUUGGAGUUUUUCUUAAUCUUUCGCUUUUUCUAAUUGAAACCGUGUAUAUUUCAGCAAAUCAUUCCACAUCUCCCAGAUUGUCAAAUUAUUAUUCCUAGUUUUGCGAAUUCAAAAUUUCAGAAAAAAAAUGAAGCAUACAUUCCUCAAAUGUCUGUUCCUUCUCACCAUCUUGUCUUCUACUUCGUGUAAAUCUGGCGUUGAAACAUCCAACACAGUUGACGGGAUCGGCAUUCGGUCCGCGGCAGUCGCAGCCUUAUCGUCCCUCGCCGCCGCCAUCUCCAGCGCGGGAGGCGUCGGCGGCGGGGGUCUGUUCAUACCCAUCCUGACCAUCGUCGGCGGCCAGGACGUGAAAACAGCAUCCGCAUAUUCAGCUUUCAUGGUAACAGGUGGGGCUGUUGCGAACGUCGCGGCCUACACUCUAUGGAGGAGCGGCGGCGCGAGACGGUUGAUUGACUACGAGAUGGCGCUGCUGUGCCAGCCGUGGCUGCUGCUGGGCGUGAGCUGCGGGGUGGUGCUGAAUGUGGUGUUCCCGGAGUGGCUGAUCAUGCUCAUCUUUGUGGUCUUCGUCGCCGGCUGCACCUUCAAGACGUGCAGAUCGGGGGCUGCGUGCUGGAGGUUGGAAUCGCGCGAGUUUAGAGGGGAAACGGAGAACGGUGGUGAAAGUACGAAAAUGCCCCUGUUGUGCGCGACAGCGGAUCAAGUCGAAGACGAGGUCCGGACUCCGUGGGUGUCCUUUGGGAUGUUGGUCCUCAUCUGGUUUUCCUUCUUUGCCCUGUAUCUCCUUCGCGGAAACCGCUACGGACAUGUACGCGUAAUUAAGUCCGUACCACAACCAAUCCGAGUGGAGUCAAUUCCUCUUGCCAUUUUCUUCACUUCAUGGAUCCUUUUCCGAAGAAAGAGUCCUACAAAUAGUACCAUUGCUUCAACUCAGCAGGAAAACGAAGGGAGAACGAAAAGGUGGCCAUCCAGCGAAUUUGUGUUCCCGAUAAUGGCCCUACUAGCCGGCCUUCUUGGUGGAGUUUUCGGAAUCGGAGGUGGAAUGCUCAUAAGCCCAAUUCUCCUUCAAAUGGGAAUUGAGCCUCAUGUGACAGCAGCGACGUGUUCUUUCGUGGUACUAGUGUCAUCGAGUAUGUCCGCACUCCAGUACUUGCUGUUGGGCAUGAAGCAGAUCUAUGCAGCUCUAACGUAUGCAGCCAUCUGCUUCGUUGCCUCACUUGUUGGACUGACCGUGAUACGAAAGGUGAUACUUAGACACGGCCGCCCCUCCAUCAUCGUCUUCUCUGUGGCCACGGUGAUGGCUCUGAGCAUUGUUUUGAUGACUAGCUUUGGAGCUAUAGAUGUCUGGAGGAGUUACACAACUGGCCAGAACAUGGGAUUCAAGAAACCAUGUUGAUUUGUCUCCCCUAGCUUCUUACAUCUCUGCUUUUUGAGUUUUGACUAUUUUGAAGAGUCAUGUAAUGCCUAUACAACAAUGUGUUACUAUGCUUAUAUGUUACCCAAAUAAAAAAUUGCUCAACUUUGCAUUGGCCUCGAAACAUUUGCGCAUGUGUUACUAGGACAUGGUCCAUUCAUAUCAGCUCGCAAAAAUAUUAAUAUCGGUUGGUAUCACAAAAAAAUAUUAAUAUCAUAUGUUACCAAGUCAUUACUACUUUGGAAUCAACAAAGAGACAGAGGAAAUUGAUGACAAAAAUCAUUGAGGUCUACGUGGCA